AUGACCCUAGAUAUCCCUUUAAUUAGUGGUACGAAUUCCAUUAACGUUACCGCGUAUUCCAAGUUACAGUAUGAGAACACAAUCUCCUUUUACUCUCACCUACUAGGUUUAGAGCCAGUCUCAAAGUUCUCUGACUCUACAGUUUUAUCGAAUAAUUUGGUUUCGGUUACCAUUCAAUAUAUUGAAGAUGAAAAGAAGUACCGAGAAUCCAAGGAUUUAUACGAGAGUAAGAAGCUUGCUAAUGAAGACUGGCGUGCUUCAUCUAAUUCAGUUGUGUUUUCAACUUCUGAUACGCUACGUUUACAGCAACGCUUGGAGAUUCACCAAUCGUAUCCUACAGAUCUUUCUCCGAUGGAAUUGUACACUUUGGACCCUCUUGGCAAUACUAUUGGUUUUACUCAGACGAAAAACAGCCUGUCAACUUUUCCAAAUACAGGUGCAGUUCGUAGCGUAUUCAGCAGUUUGAAAUCCUCUCCCAUUUCAAAGGUAAACUCUUCAACAGACCUAAGAUCAAGCUCUUUGGAAACCUCCAAGCAGUACCCAUCGUUGCCUAAGCAACAUUCAGAUAAACCUAGAAAAGCCAUUGCAGUCAUGACAUCCGGUGGUGAUUCGCCUGGUAUGAAUGCCAAUGUCAGAGCUAUCGUUCGUACGGCGAUUUUUAAGGGUUGCCGCGCAUUUACUGUAAUGGAAGGUUAUGAAGGUUUAGUUCGCGGUGGACCUGAGUAUAUUAAAGAAUGUACCUGGGAAGACGUGAGAGGUUGGUCUACCGAAGGUGGUACUAAUAUCGGUACUGCACGUUGUAUGGCUUUCCGUGAACGUCCUGGUAGAUUGUUAGGUGCACAGCACUUGAUUGAAGCUGGUGUUGAUGCUCUAAUUGUUUGUGGUGGAGAUGGUUCUUUAACUGGUGCAGAUUUAUUUAGAUCAGAAUGGCCAUCGUUAGUGAAGGAACUGUUAGAAAACGGGAAAAUCACUAAAGAACAACAUGAUAAAUACCAGCACUUGAAUAUCUGUGGUACUGUUGGGUCAAUUGACAACGAUAUGUCUACUACAGAUGCCACUAUUGGUGCAUAUUCCUCCUUGGAUCGUAUUUGCCAGGCAAUUGAUUAUAUUGAAGCAACAGCCAACUCUCAUUCUAGAGCCUUUGUUGUUGAGGUUAUGGGUAGAAAUUGUGGUUGGUUGGCGCUAAUGGCAGGUAUUUCCACCUCUGCAGACUACAUCUUAAUUCCAGAGAAGCCUGCGUCAUCACGCGAAUGGCAAGAUCAGAUGUGUGACAUUGUCAGCAAGCACAGGGCUCGUGGUAAGAGAACUACUGUUGUUAUUGUUGCUGAAGGUGCACUUUCUGUUGACUUGUCUCCUAUCUCUCCAAAGGAUGUCCACAGGGUGUUAGUUGAUAGAUUGGGUUUGGACACUAGAAUUACCACUUUGGGUCAUGUCCAGAGAGGUGGUACUGCAGUUGCCUUUGAUCGUAUCUUGGCUACUCUACAGGGUGUUGAAGCGGUAAAUGCGGUUUUGGAGUCAACACCAGAUACGCCUUCUCCUCUAAUUGCCAUCAAUGAAAACAAGAUUACAAGAAAGCCAUUAGUGGAAUCUGUGGCUUUGACCAAGUCUGUCGCAGAUGCCAUUAAGGCUAAGGACUUCAAGAAGGCGAUGGAAUUGAGAGACACCGAAUUUGUAGAGCACUUGAACAACUUCAUGGCUAUUAACUCUGCUGAUCACGAUGCUCCAAAGCUACCAAAAGACCAGAGAUUGAAGAUUGCUAUCGUGAAUAUAGGUGCGCCAGCCGGUGGUAUUAACUCCGCUGUCUACUCUAUGGCCACUUACUGUAUGUCCCAGGGUCACAAGCCAUAUGCUAUUUACAAUGGUUGGACAGGUCUAGCAAGACAUGAAUCAGUUCGUUCUUUGAACUGGAAGGAUAUGCUUGGAUGGCAAUCUCGUGGUGGUUCUGAGCUGGGUACGAAUAGAACAACUCCAGAAGAUGCUGAUAUCGGUAUGAUCGCCUACUAUUUCCAAAAAUACAAGUUUGACGGUUUGAUCAUUGUCGGUGGGUUUGAAGCAUUCAUUUCCUUGCAUCAAUUGGAGCGCGCCAGAUCUAACUACCCAGCUUUCAGAAUUCCAAUGGUAUUGAUACCAGCUACUCUAUCCAAUAACGUUCCAGGUACCGAGUAUUCCCUAGGUUCAGAUACUGCCUUGAACGCUCUGAUGCAGUACUGUGAUGUUGUUAAGCAAUCUGCAGCUUCUACCAGAGGCAGAGCCUUUGUCGUUGCAGUCCAAGGUGGGAACUCUGGUUACUUAGCAACACAAGCUGCAUUAGCAGUUGGAGCUCAGGUCUCGUACGUUCCUGAAGAAGGUAUAAGUUUAGAGCAACUAACACAGGACAUUAAGACUUUACACGAGUCAUUCAGCAGAGCUCAUGGCAGAGGCAAGUUUGGUAAGUUGAUCUUAGCAUCCACCAACGCCUCUAAGGUCUUUACAACUCAAGUCUUAGCCAAUGUUAUUACCGCAGAGGCCAAUGGCCACUUCGAUGCUAAGUCAGCUGUUCCAGGACACGUGCAGCAGGGUGGUCUACCUUCUCCAAUUGAUAGAACUAGAGGGACUAGAUUCGCCAUUAAGGCUGUUGGCUUCAUUGAAGCAAACCAAAGCGUCAUUGCCGCCAGGACUGAGGAUGAACUAUUCGAUUUGAACGAAAAGAAAAUCUACGAAACAGCAGCAGUUUUAGGUGUCAGAGGAUCUCAUAUUAGGUUCACCUCUAUCAGGCACUUGUAUGAUAGCGAAACUGAACUAGCCAAGAGAAUGCCAAAGUUCAUUCAUUGGGAAGGAACCAGGGCUAUUGCUGACCACUUGGAAGGUAGAAAGAGGGUUACAGCAUGA